UCUGUUCCCCCCAAUUUUUGAACCCACGGUAGGAAUUAAGAUCGGGAAGCCAGAUCCGGAGGAUUCUUCCUCUUCGCCCGGCAAGCGGCGGACGCGGUGGAGGACGGUGGAAGUGAGCGGCGGCGGAGGGUUCCAUCUCGUUCUCGUUCUUGUUCUUGUCUUACUUCCAGAUCUGUUCUGUUAUAUAAGAAAGGUCGUACCUUUUUUCUCGGAGCAGUAACUUGUGCCCGACACACGAAUUGGCUGCGGAUUUCGUCGUCAUUGAUGAUGUUUAUGUUCCUUUAACUUCCACAGUUCUUUCCCAAAUUCCAUUUUUCUUUUCUUUUCUUGGAACACCAAGCUUAGGGCAGUUCAUUUGCUACUUCGUUCCGAUGCCGAAGAAGGGCAGGAAAAAAGCUGUCAAAAAAUCUUUUUUGAGGACGGAGGUUGACGAAAAUGUCGCUCCAAUCGAGAGUGGCACCAUGCAAUUUAAGGAGCGACAACGGGCUUUCAAUAAUCGGGAAGUUGAAAGGAGAACUGCUGCAACAAAAGCCAAUUGUGAAGUGGAGACUGGAAGCUUGCUUUCAUGGGUGCGCUUGCUUCCUUUGUACUUCAGCAAAGAUCAGUUGGACACUCCUGCAAUCCCAUUUUUUCAAGAAAAUUUGCCAAAUGCAACUCUAACCAUGAAUAAGAAAUAUAAUAUUUUUGAGCUGCGAUGGAACAACAACGAGAUUUACUAUGAAGGUGGCAAAUAUGAUCGUGCUUCAGUUAGCAAUAUUUUCACUAUGCCAUCUAUGAGUGAUAUUCAGUUUUCAGUUGAUCCAGCGAAGAAGACUCUGGGGGCUGGAAACCAAAGGAUGAGUAAUUUUGGUUUCAGUGAGCCAUCUGAAAGAGGAAGACAAGAGACAUUAAAAACUCCCGGGGCAACUAGGUUAUCUUAUGGCAUGACACCCAAGACCUUAAGGUUACCAAAGAAUGGCGAGAUGAUCUUGUCUGUCCAUGGUUCACCUCUUGGUGUUUACAAAGAAGAGAUCUUGGAAGCCAUACAUGAGUCUGGAGAUGGGACUCAUGAAAAUGCUUGUUGAGAUCAUAGGCACAUCAUAUGUAAAGUUUGGAUUUGCACUGGCUGGACAGUAGAGCUUCAGGAUGAUCUCGAAACUUCUAGUCGAGUGUUUGGAGCUUGCCAUCAACGACCACCUUGUGUUGGAUAAAGCAAGCAAUCAAGCAAGCAUUGAGAUCAAGUUGAUGUGUGUAACCAAAUGGACAAAUGCUUAUGUUUGGUAAAAACUUGUGUAAAUUUCAUUUGUAAGCAUUGGACCUCCUGAUUGAAGACUGAAGUAAAUGAGUAAUCUUUUUGAAGCAAAAACAGUGUGAAUUAAACCUUGUUUUGAUGGUUCAGAAUAGCCGAGG